AUGUGUGAAUUUGGCAGGUUUACCGUUUGCAGCAUCAUUGGGACCGUGUUCAUUGUCAUUGGCCUGAGCUGGGCUCAGGUGGAGGAGCGCAAAAGGUGGACAACGCUUGACUGGCUGCAACAUUUGAACUAUAGCCACGAGCUGCACAAUGUGACCAGCAGCGAUGGCUACCAGCUGCAGCUGCAGCGAUUGCCGCGCAUUGGGGCACGACCUGUGCUGCUAGUGCAUGGAUUGUUGGGCUCCUCGCUCGGCUGGCUGUGCCUGGGGCCGUCCAAGAGUUUGGCCUUUCAACUGCAUCAGCGCAACUACGACGUGUGGCUGGCAAAUCUGCGCGGCGCGUCGCCGUAUGGCAGACAUCACAUCGAACUGACCGAUGUCAUGGCCGAUUUCUGGCGAUAUAGCUUUCAUGAGCACGGCGCAUACGAUUUGCCAGCCAUAAUUGACCACAUUGUGGAGGUUACGCAGCGCGAGGCAGCUGAACAGCAAAACGAAACACAGCCGUAUCAAGUGCUCCUAAUUGGACAUUCACAGGCUUUCAAUGCAUUUCUCGUGCUCUGCGCUCUCCAUCCGCGCUUUAAUCAGCAUAUCCAGCUAAUGCAGGGGCUGGCGCCUUUGGCCCGGCUGCAUCGACAGGUGCAUUUUGAUGCCGCACAGGUGCGAAGCAUAAUGAAGUUUGUCAAGCAACGUGAAAAGGCCAAGAAACUUGAGUUAUUUCAACCUGGCGAACUACGCAAAUUAUGCAGCAAAAAGCGUGAGCUUUGUGAAUAUUAUACCAAAAUCUUAGCUGGCAGCGCGCAAAGCAAUAAGAAGCUACUCGACAUCUUUGGCUAUGAGCAUCUGCUGCAAGGCGGCUCGGCGCGAGAGCUGCGUCACUUGCAACAGAUUUGGAAAUCGGGUGAUUUUAUAUCCUACGACUUUGGACCCAUUGACAACAUGCAGAUCUAUCAUAGUAUCGAGGCGAUUAGUUAUAACCUCAGCCAGAUCAGUGUGCCCAUCAUAUUGUACUUUGGGGAGACGGAUGCCAUUGCCACGCCCGAGGGCGUGCACGGCAUCUAUGCCCGGAUGCUGAGCUCGGUGCGUAGUGUUCGACGCAUUGCCUCCUCAAAGUUCAAUCAUUUUGAUUUCUUGGUCUCGAGCGAUGUGAAGACUCUGGUCAAUGAUAAGCUGAUCGAGUUGAUGGAAAAGUUUUUCGAAGGCAAAUUACCGUACAUAAUCGAAUGAGGGAGGUGGCGGUGCUAAGUAAUUGGGUUCCCCGAGCUGUCAUCAAAGGCGCCCAUUGAGGCUCAUUAAAAGCGCGAGCCAAAGCGAAAUGUGUUUUAUUUGCUCUGGCAACGAGCCAAACUGCCAAGCGGCCAAGCGGCCAAAUGGCCAAAUGGCAAUUAUGUAAUCGGUUCGCUGUUGGCCAAGCCAUAAAAAAUCAAAUAAAAAACUGAAUA